AUGUAUAAUGUUGAUGAAACUGGUUUAACAAUGGUACAAAAGCCAGUAAAAGUGUUAGCAGGUAAAGGAAGUAAACAAGUAGGAAGAAUCACAUCUGCAGAACGAGGAACAUUAGUAACUGUAUGUUGUGCUUCAAAUGCAAUUGGAAACUCUAUUCCUCCACUAUUUAUUUUUCAUAGGGUCAAAUUUCAUGAUUACACGAUAAAGGAAGGUCCUCCUGGAUGCGUGGGAUUUGCAAAUCCUUCUGGUUGGAUGAAUUCAGACAUUUUUACAGAAUGGAUAAAACAUUUUGUGAGGUAUUCAAACUGUUCUCAUGAAUUUCCAGUUUUGUUACUUCUGGACAGCCAUAAAAGUCAUAUUUCUGUUAGAGCUUUGGAUCUUGCAAUUCAACAUGGAAUUGCAAUGCUAAGCUUUCCUUCCCAUUGUACCUAUAAAUUGCAACCAUUGGAUAGAACUAUUUUUGGACCAUUAAAAAGGUUUUACAAUGCUGCGUGUGAUAAUUGGAUAAUCACAAAUCCAAGACCUAUAACCAUUUAUGAUAUUGUUUCAAUAGUUCGCGAACCAUAUCUAAAAGCUUUCUCACCAUCUAAUAUACAGAGAGAAUUUCAAGUAGCUGGCAUUGAGCCAUUUAAUCCAGAAAUUUGUAAAGAUGAUGAAUAUUUACCAUCAUCAGUUACAAAUUUUGCUGCUUUAAAUGUAGUAAACACAAUUCUUGUGGAACCUGAAAUGACUGUAGCACAUGUUGAUGGCAUGGAGCCUGAAAUACCUGUAGUACAUUAUGAAACAAGUUUUUUGAACAAAGUGUCACCAAGCAUUGCUUCAUUACUCUCACCUGAAGUUUUGAAACCUUACCCGAAAGCGUUUGCCAGAAAAAGAAGUGUUAAAAGUAGGCAAUUAAAAACAAGAAUUUUGACUAAAAAUUCAAUCAGAAAUGAAAUUCGUUUGUCAGAAGAAAAGAAAACCCUAAAACAAAUCAACCAACAAAAGAAACUUAUCGCAAAAGAUAAAAAAAGGAGAGAAGUUAAAAACUACUUUCUUAGGAAGAAAAAAGAAUGUAAUGUAAAAGCAGCAUCACGACUUGACUUUGACAAAGGAAGAUAA